UCAACUCAACGCAGCCUCAUUCUCACUGAACUGAAUUUUCUCUCUCCGCCUAUACAUACAUAUACACACAUAUAUUGAUCGUCUUCCCCAAACGUCGAGGUCACGACGAAAACACACAAAAACCAAAGCACAUUCUCAAAUGCCAUCUUUGUUAGCUGCUCAAACAAGGAAACAAACCCCACAAUACUUUACACAUAUUCUCUCAAACCCUAACAUUCUCUUCCAUUCCAUCACAUAUAUGAAGAAGCUCUGACAACUCAGACUGAGACAUCUCAACAGUUUCAGAAAAUUUGGGUGCUGAAGUGGACAAAAAUCUUAAACUUGUAUUCUGAAGUGUAUGGAUUCUCUUAUGGAGGAGGAGGAAUAAAGAUUCGCCUGCAAUCAAAUAUUGUAAAUACAAAUGAAAAUGGUUCCUUCUAGCAAGGCUGAUAAGAAAGCAGCAGUUGAUGCGGCUGCAUGGAUGUUCAAUGUAGUCACUUCUGUUGGGAUUAUCAUUGUCAAUAAAGCCUUAAUGGCCACAUAUGGCUUCAGUUUUGCUACAACGUUAACUGGUUUGCAUUUUGUUACCACCACCUUGAUGACUGCUGUUCUUAGGUGGCUGGGGUACAUCCAACCUUCUCAUCUACCCUUGCCAGAGCUUCUGAAGUUUGUUCUUUUUGCAAACUUCUCUAUUGUUGGUAUGAACAUUAGUCUAAUGUGGAAUUCAGUGGGAUUUUAUCAGAUUGCAAAGCUGACUAUGAUCCCUGUCUCCUGCUUAUUGGAAGUUGUUUUCGACAAGAUCCGAUACUCAAGAGACACAAAGCUCAGCAUUGCAGUUGUUCUCUUGGGUGUUGCUGUCUGCACUGUUACUGAUGUGAGUGUUAAUGCUAGAGGUUUCAUUGCUGCUCUUGUUGCAGUUUGGAGUACUGCUCUACAACAGUAUUAUGUACAUUACCUCCAACGGAAGUACGCACUUAGUUCUUUCAAUCUGUUGGGUCAUACUGCACCAGUUCAGGCUGGAACACUACUGCUAGUAGGCCCUUUUCUGGACUAUUGGUUGACAAACAAGACAGUUGAUGCCUUUGACUACAACAUAGCAUCAUCGGUGUUUAUAAUCCUCUCAUGCACUAUUGCAGUAGGGACUAACCUCAGCCAAUUUAUCUGUAUUGGAAGAUUUACAGCAGUGUCCUUCCAAGUACUCGGUCAUAUGAAGACGAUCCUAGUUUUGAUCCUCGGAUUCAUAUUCUUUGGAAAGGAGGGCCUAAAUAUACAAGUGGUCAUAGGCAUGGUCAUCGCUGUAGUUGGAAUGAUUUGGUACGGAAAUGCUUCAUCGAAACCUGGUGGAAAGGAGCGUCGAAGCCAUUCAACGUCUAGCAGCAGACAACAGAAACAUGGCGGUUUAUCAGAAUCUUCAGAAAUUGAUGACAAGGUCUAAAUCCUUUCGAGAGUACAGGUUAAACAUACAAGGGUAGGUUAUACCAGCAUUUUUUUUAAAAAAAUCAUCUGACGCUAGAUACACCUCCCAAACCCCAAUUAUUUACAGAUUCUUCCUAAUUUUGUAGUUCUUAUGUUCAUUUUCUUGAUAUUAAAUCCCUUCAAGGUGAUGGAUACUUUUGGAUAGGGUUUAUAUUCCCCGAGAAUUUUCAUGUUUCCAUGAUGAUAAUUUAUAGAGUGAUUUUUUUUUUUUU